UGCGAAGGCGAGAUAAGUUUCACUAGCGCCCCCCUUCCCAUUUACAGUUUGCUUAUCAUAUCAAACAGCCAACAGAAACCCGCCUGUUUACAAAAGCCGCUUUCCUAUUGGAUGAUAACAAUAACCAUUCUAUCUCGGGUUGAGAUAAGGCUCUUAUCACCCACCAACAUGCAUCGUGGAAGAAGAGAAUGGACUAAAAAUAAAAAAAUAAAUAAAUAAAUAAAAGAAAAAAAAGUUCAGUUUUCGCUGAUUUCUACCCUGCUUUGGGAUUACGAACCUCCGACGAUAAAAGUCGAUAUCGGCCCCAGCUCCUCCUUUCUCUCCUUCCCCCUCACCAGCGACUGUAACCAACUAGAUAACGCCGAGCGAUAAUGUAAAUGAACAUUUCGGCUUUUGGUGUGUGUGUUCUCUCUUCUCUUGCCGCUACUUUUUAUUAUUAUUCUUUGUUCGUUUCAUUUUUAUCAAAAGACGUCCGAGUAGCUGUGUGUUGAGUUGUUGGUGUAAAUGGCCUUUGUGCACUUUCGGCGCACGCAUGACUUGAGCUUCACUGGCGAAGGUGUCAUAUUUUUCAGACGUUUCGAAACUUCAUUUCUUGAAGAUGGCAACAGCGAUCAGUUCUCGUUUUUAUGUUCUCCAGGUGUCAGUCUGUGGUAGAUUUCUCACCGGAUGCUGCUUUAUGUUUUGAAAGAAAACCAUAUAACGCAUACUAUACAUGGAAAUGGAAUAUGAAGAUGCUAAUGGAUUUAUUUUUUGAGAAUACGCUCCAAUGACUGGAGAGUCAACUGAUUUUGACCAAAUAGCUCCUGAUCUCAAGUUUCCUAUUGCCCAGUUGUACCUGAAGAAAUUUGGGGGUGAAUCUUUGAUACUGACAAAGGAACCCCUCAAAGCUGGUACCGUGCUGGGUACCUACAAAGGAGGAGUACAAGAAAGUGAUACUGAAGACGAUAAAACCUUUAAGGUGAACCGUUCCGACGGUGGUUCUCCAGUCCACGUGAUGCUUGAAAAUGAAGGCCAUUGGUUAAAGCUGAUGAGAACGGCAGCCCUACCCACCGAUGCUAACAUUAGCCUUCGCAUCUCAGGAAGUGAUAUUAUAUGCACAGUCACUAAAGACGUCAAUAAAGAAGUGGAACUUAAAGUAACUUGUCGCAUUAGUGAGGCAGGAGAUGAGAAGGAAGAUAACUCUCCCAAGGUCUCCGAUGCUGAAGGUUCACCCGUAAUUCUAUCACAGAGAAGCCAAGAAAAAGAAUUGUUUAGUGCGGAAGAAAAACCAGAACUCGUACCAUCAUCAAAUGAACGUUCAGAAACCGAAGCUAUGUUAGACUACGCUUCGGAAGGAAGCAAAAAUUCUGAUACAGGAAGAACGUAUAAAAAUUCUCGAAUACGCAAAUUGUCAAGUGAAAAAAGGUUGAAAUCUCGUAGUUACGAUAGCGAUAGUGACUGCGACAUGGAUGAUGCUCGCCGUGGAGAAGUUAGCAGUUCAACUUCAGCAAUGCAAGAGGCUCCAUCUAGUGAUGACAAAGAGUUCGAUGGAAUAAAAGUCAAAUGUGGUAAAGAUGCUACUUCUAAGGACAGCAACAAAAGCAUAAUUUUGGAAGACCAGCGCAAGAUUCAACUGAAGGAUGAAAGUGGACAUCUUCCAUACGGAUGCCCUGUAUGCGAUUUCACUGCAAUGGAUCAAUACAGUUACGAUAAGCACGUGCGUUCUCAUCACAACCUUAACACUAGCCAUGCCUCUAAUUUAACUAACCCCAAAUCAUUUUGUGAUGCCUGUAAGAUUCAGUUCAUGUCUAUAAACACCUAUCAAGUUCAUAAGAAAUAUUACUGCAGAUCUAGACACGAUACUGAAGAUUUGCGGCGAACUUCGCCAGUUGCAGAUAUUAAUGUAGCUUCAACUGCUUUCAGAACAGCCUCUGAUACUGUAAUUCUUAGGAACGGCAUUAAUGGCGCGGUGACGCCUUCCAUCAUUCAGCCUCAAGCUAUCUACGCUGCCAUUUCAACAAAUCCGCUAAUACUGCUUCCUUGCUCUUUAGUCCCCGGACAGGGACUGGUGCCACAGAAUGGAGUCAUUCCAACAGGAGGUCCUAGCAUAGUGCUGCAGACAAAUGCAACAUGUUCUACAGUCGUAGACAAAUCUAUAAGCUCUCAAUCUGUGGAAAGCAGCGGUCCUUAUAGAAAGAGCAGUCAUCCUGUGAUAAACACAGGUAUUGAAUCGUCAGCAAAGGCUGGGUACAAUUCCAAAACACCACAGAUGAAACGUAAAAUGAGCGAAGGAGAUGUACUAAAUCUUAAAAAAACGUGCACAAGCGACGAACUUCGUGCUUCUUCUCCAGAUAGGAUCACCCAAAAGACAGAGAACGAAAACGUGGAUCAAGAGGCUCCUUUGGAUUUGAGUUUGAAGAGGAAAAGGAUUUCCAGUUUACUUUCCAGUCCUUCGUUAAUGAAACGUAGAAACUCCUCAGCCUCAACUGGACGCCCAUCACCACCUGUACAUUCUAGAUCUCCACCGUCUGGCUGCAUAGUGUCAUCACCCCGAGGUGCUAUUUCACCAUCCAGUCCUUACAAUAGUGAAAGCAGUUCCUGCUACUCAUCUCAUGUCCCCGUAGUUGUACAACGUGUAUCUCAGGCAGUUUCGGAAAGAAUUUCGCCGCUGCCUCCAGUUCUACAAGCCGCUGUUGUUGGAGACAAGCCAGUCACUACACCUGGAAUGCCUCCUCCAAAACUCAUGAAACAAGGAAACAAUGUAUGUGAAGAGUGCCACAUUAUAUUCUAUAAGUACGACAAUUAUUUAGCCCAUAAGACACAUUAUUGCACUAAUAGGCGCCGACAGCUUUCCGCUUUAGCAGCUGUCGCUGCUGCUGCAUCCUCUGCGCUGGAACAUUCGAGUGACGAAAACAGCAACCACAACCCUUUGAAUGAUUCUACUCAAAGCUGUCAUUCUGAUGAUCCUAGUAAACCUGGACUGCGUCGAAUGGAAUACGGUGUAGACCAUUUUCGGACGCCGGUUGCAAAACAGUCACAACCUGUGUACUCUUGCGACGCAUGCGGAGUGAAAUUUAGUACUUCAGACAAUCUGAAUGCCCACCAGACAUAUUAUUGUAUCAAAAAGUCCGAAAGCGCGAGGAAUGUAUCUGGAAAGAAAGGUGACGGAGGCAAUAGUCCCAAACUUCUAGAACCUCCUUUUUGUGGGCCAGACGAAUGGAAGUGUAACUAUUGCGAUGCGUCUUGUUCCUCAUAUGAGACAAUGCGGCGACACCUACUGACUCAUACUGAACUGAAGGGUUUCUGCUGCGCUGUUUGUGGAUACAAAGGAAACACGCUUCGAGGAAUGCGCAACCAUGCAUGCGAGCAUCUGAAAGACGACAGCACUUCAUUAGAUGAAUUUGUGGCUUCUUCUGUUAUCGCUCAAAGUGCAGCUAUACCAGUGUUGCCACGCGCAGUGAUUCACUGCAGUGAUGAAGAGUCUGAAACUAACAAAGAAAUAAAAUGUUUGGUUAAAAAGGAACAAAAAUCUUCUUUGGAACUCUUUAAUGAAGUGACAUCUCCUGAGCAAGAUUCAGUGCCAACAGACCAUUCGGAGCCAGAAGAUUCUCCUCGUAGUGACGGAAGAAUUUCUGACACUCGUCACAAACAAAGUUGUAGCGUCAAAACGGAAUCCGGUGACAGCAGUUCUGACGGUAAUGUUAGCAAUCACCACGAGUCAGUUAAUCCUUUAGCUUUCUGCGAUGUGGUCAUCAAGACAGAAAACGAUCGCGACGGCAGUGCCGACGACUCAUCAAGGGAUGAACUACCACGCUCGUACAUUAAGUUCGAACCUGAAACAGAAUGUGACAGCGGUGACAAACCACGAGACAUGUCCAUUUCUCCAUCAUCACAGUCAACGUCCGUGAUACGCGUUACGUCUGAAGCUCAAAGGUCAGAGAAUGGAAAACAUUUUUCUCAUACUUCGCGGAAGAAAAGGAACACUCAGGUGAAAUCACAUUCUGAACUUAAAUACUGCAAGUCAUGUGAUAUAUCAUUUCUUCACAUAGAUAAUUUUGUAGCCCAUAAAAAGUACUAUUGCGUGUCAAGAGUCAUACAAAACUGUCUUCAAGAAACGGCUACAGUUAAAUGAGCAUUUUUACCCACAUGUAAAUAUUUUAAUGCCUUUACUAAGAAUUGCCAUUUGUGUCUACUUUCUUUGUCAUUUCAACUUUCGCAGCCGGUUCAUGCAAAGCAUUUGAAUUCUUUGAGCUUAUUGCCUCUGCUGCGUGACUUCUUUGAAUAUGUGAAAGAAUUUUAUAAAAGUGUACGGAAUAGGUUUUAUUCAGUGUGUCCAAACUUUCGUGCUCUUAUUUUCAUCCUAUAUGAAAAUAACAUUUAGAUCAUCCAAAUCUUCUUUAAUCCAAAUAUUUUUUGGGAUGCAAUUUUUUUAUCGAAAUACUUUUUGGGUGAUUUAAUGCAGAUUGCUUUCUUUUUAUUUAUUUUUAACUACCAUUAAGAACUUAAAGGCAUAUUAAAAACAGUCAACCAUAAACUUCUAUACCUGGCCUAUUUAUAUUCAUGAUCUUUUAUUAAAUAUUUAUAGGAUAUUGUAACUGGUAUAUUAACAGAAUUAACCUAUUUGAAUGUUUGUUGUUAAUUCUCUGACUUGUUUCUAACCUAUGUAUAUUGCACUAAAACAACUAUAAAUUUAUAACGAAAUUAGUAUUAUAUUUUAAUUCAUUAAUUUCUUUUGUAUAAAUUUUGUGAUUAAAAAAUUUGUUUUUAAAAUUUCUAAAGCAUUUUAUGCUAAUCAAAUUUCAUAUAAUAAGAGAGUGAAUUAAAACAAUAGUAUAAUGAAGAAUUUGAUGAAUCCUGGUUUAACAGAAUAACUGCAAGCAGAACUAUGCGUUCAAGUAAAUGUGGUACUUUAGUACAGAACUAAUAAGUAGAAUUUUAUAAUCAAGAUUUAUAUUUGUUCGUUGGCUUAUAAUAAGGCUUUGUAAAGAGUGUGGUUAUACAUUUUGAAUUUCCUUUUAUGUAAAAUCUGUAAAAAUAUUUUAGUAAAUGUAAUAUAACUUUUUUUCAAUUUAUUAGUUGCGAAUAGGUAAUUUAAUUUGUUACGUUAUUAAGUAAAAUGUUUAAUAGAUGCCAUUGUAAUCAAUGUUUUGCAUCAUGUUAAUUAUGUUUAUUUUCAAUCAGUGCAGAAAUGCAUGCUUAUUUCCGUAUUUCCCGGUGAUAAAAAAUAUGAAAAAAAAAAAAAAACAGAUACUUAUGAAAUAGUUUUUAAAAGUAGAUAUGAACUGACAAAAUGUCAUCAUUUUUGUUAUUUUAAAUAAUAUUAUGAUGAAAGAAAAUUGAACCGAAAAAAUUCUGAAUUAUUAAGUGUAUCAAUAAACACAGGAAUUUCAAAAUUUAAAUACUUAUGUACCGCUUAUUCUGUUCAGAAUCUGUUAUUCUAUUUGAUCUGUAAUAUUAUUAUUAAUGGCUUACAAUGCUUGUUUCAGUACCUUCUAGUGAUAAUAAAUAUUGCAGACAAACAGAUGGGUAAGAAAUAGUUUUAAAAUGUACAUGUGAGUUAUGGAAAUUUCACGGUUGACUAUUUUCCUAAGCUUUAGAAUAAAAGAGAAAGAAAAUUAAAAUAAAAAAUAAAAAGUAAAUAAAAAUUAAACCAAAAAUUAAAUAAAUAUAAGUUAUUGUAAACCACUAAGAAACACAUUAAUUUUAAAAUUUUAAUAUUUAAGCACAAAUUCUUUUGUUUAAAAUUCAUUUCGAUUAUUAAUGCUGCAGGGUAACUUACAGGAGGAUAAGAAUCGAAGUGUCAAACAUUAUGAUAAACGCAUCAAAAUGUUUCAGCACCCCAUGACAUGUUCAACUGCUGUGUGAGAUUUCAUCCGUUUAUGUGGUUCAAUUAGGUUAGUUUCUUCUGAAUAGUAAAUGUGCAUCUAAGAAAAUUACACAAUUUUUCGUCUAAACUUGGCUAAUUUAUUCCUGAGGGGCUGAUAAAUUUUAAUUAUUAUUAAACAUUGUGUGGAAGUUACGUUGUGAUAAAAAAUUGUGCAUGUCAUUGACGUACAUAAAUACACACAAAAAAUACAUGCAAAAAUUGAUAUUGCUGUUUUUUUGUUAAACUUUGUUGUACGACAUAAAGGAAGUAUCGCAGUCGCGAAAAAUUUAGGAUAUCAUGUUUCAACGGAAACAUCCAAUUUGACCGUUCCUGAAUACCUUUUGACUAUUGUUUGAUAAGAUGACUCUACGUACAGACAGAAUAAAGGAUUUUUAUUCCAAAAGGGACUGUCAAAUGAAUUCAAAGUGGAUUUAAAGUAGUUUCCCCCCGUGACAUCUGUGCGUACGUACGUGCAUGCGUAUUUAUCUCGCAUAAUUCAAAAGCGAUUAGCCAUAGAGUAUGGGAUUGCUGUAACAACUAGUUGUGCACUUCGCUUUUUUACUGCAACCCGCAGUACCAAAAUUAUAUAUGUAGACAGCCACCUCCUCACCCGGCCUUUAUUUUCGCAAUUGUUGGUCGUAGUCAUAUGCUUUCAAUUACAGAAACGUUUUAAACUAAGAUAAUAUUCAUGCUUUGGCAAUGCCAAAUAAAAACAAAAAAAAAAAAAAUUCAAAAAAUAACGAAAUGCACCUUUUAAACCGUGCGGUUCGUAUAUUUGGAAAAGUUUUACAGUCGUUAUGAAAUGAUAAAAAUACAAAAACUCGCAUUUAAUUUCAAAAUUUGCAGUUUUGCCAUUUUCAGUAAUUAUUAGUAAUUAUUGUGAAAAGAACAAUUAUAAUUUUUUAGCUUCGGUAAAAUAGUUAGUCUGUCCUAAUGUUAGUUAAGGAUGGUGUUUGGUGUAUUUAAUUAUGGCAAAGCACACUAGGGCUCUGCCUAAGGGAAGGGAUGCCUUCGUGGAGGACUUUCUAAGGGAAACUGACUCGUAUACACGUUACACAUGGGGAAAACCACGAAAAAGCACUUCAGCCAGCUCGUUCGCGGGAUUCGAACCUCGGACCAAACUACCAGUGUUCAGCGACUUUACUGCUCGGUGGGCGUUAGUUUAGGAUGAAACUCAGUAAGUUGGCAUAAAAUAACGCCGGUCUAUUGGAAAAAUAACCCGUAAAAAUCAUAUUUCUCAUAGUUUUUAUUUUAUUUCUACCAGUGUCAUAAGAAGUUUCUAAAUAAAAGAAUUGAAUUUCAAAUAAUACGUAAUCACUAGCAAUUUAUUUUUAUGAAGUAAUGAAAAUUUAAUUAUUAAGAAUGGAAAAUGAACAGAAUAAGCAGCAUUUACUAUAUAUAUUGUGUUUAUUUGUAUGUAUAAUGGCAUCGUCGAUAUAUUUUAAGAUAUUAAAAACUUGUUUAAUAAAACUGUAUGUGGCCAUAUUUUCUCCGAAAAGCUUUCUAUAUAAUUUUUUUUUCUUAUCGUAUAUGUUUAGAUGUCUGCUACUUGUCUGCCAUUUUUCACGUUUUUCUUUGUAUUUUUAACUAAAUCUAUUUUCACUUUGUUCAUUCAGUUCCCGAUCUUAUUUUAGAGUCAUAUAUUGUUAUGUUUUCAUUAGCUUCAUUCUGUUUAUUUCAAGCUUUGCUUAAAAUAUAUAAGCAUUUAGAAAAGAAUUUUAUGCAUAUAAAAUAAAAAAAAUUUCAGCAACAAAAUAAAAAUUCUAAGAAUAUUUUCAAAACCGUUUAAGCAGCAUUUAUCAAUUAAUUUUGGAGCACAUAUAUCAAUGUGAUUCGCGUAUUACCUUAAAACAUCAAUAAUAAGCACCACUGAUAAUCAUCUCAUAUGUAUACUUACUCAAAAGUAAGACAUUAUAAACUAUGUAUAAUGAUGACAUAUGUAUACAUUAAGACAUAUUACUUUAAGAUUUGGAUGCAUAUGUUUCAAGUCAUGAAACUUGGCUAUUUUAAAAUAUUUUAAAUACAGGCAAGUUAACACAUAAAUUAUGAUCAAAUCGAAACAUUUAAGACAGGCAAAUUAUGCUUAAAUUGGUGUUUCUACAAAUUAUGGUUUUUAAUAGCAAACAUGGUUACUACAUUUUUACCAGUUAUAUCUCUGCAUAUGCUUGCGUAAACUACUUGGUCAAUAAUUUUCGGAAAAGAUCCGUUUUUUAAGGCAUUUCAAUAACUUUUCUACUCAAAAGUAUGAUUAGGUAAUUACUUGCUGAUAUUAUUUCGUGUAUUUAUUCUAUAAAAUCCCACUGUCUUGUUGAAUGAUAACUACUUUAUGCAUGUUGUAAAUAAGAAAACUUGAAUGCAAUUCCUUUAUAAACAGCUAAAUAUUUGCUUUUUGACUUCACGAGAAAAAUUCCGAUAAUAUGGACGUAAACCGUUUUCUUUUGUUAACCGUAUACUUGAUGACAGGUAUGACAGGUUGACUAUAUGGAGCAUAAAAUGUCUAUGAAUAUGUGAAACUGUAAAAAGUAAAGAACUUUGUAGUCUUGUUUAAAUGCCAAAUAAAAAGUGCAUUUGUUAUUUUGA